GUUUUGCAAAAAUUGGGCAAAACAGUGGAAACCAAGGACGAGCAGUUUGAGCAGAGCGCGUACAACUUCCAGCUGCAGCAGAACGAAGGCAAUAAACUCUACAAAGAUCUCAAGGGUUUCCUGGGGGCAGUGAAAGUGAUGCACGAGAGCUCCCGGAAAGUGGCUGAGACGCUGCAGGAGAUUUACAGCCCCGACUGGGAUGGUCACGAGGAGCUAAAAGCCAUCGCAGCUAGCAAUGACCUCCUAUGGGACGACUACGAGGCAAAGCUGGCCGACCAAGCCCUGCGGCUGAUGGAGAACUACCUGGCCCAGUUUGGGGACUUUAAGGAGCGCAUCGCCAAGAGGGGCCGCAAGCUGGUCGACUACGACAGCACCCGGCAUCACCUGGAAGCUCUGCAAAGUGCCAAGAAAAAGGACGAGGCAAAAAUUGCCAGGGCUGAGGAAGAGUUUAAUAAAGCCCAAGCGGUGUUUGAAGACCUGAACAGGGACCUCCGGGAGGAGCUGCCGGUUCUGUAUGGGAGCCGCAUCGCCUGCUACGUGACCAUCUUCCAGAACAUCUCCAACCUCCGUGAUGUCUUCUACAAGGAGAUGAGCAAGCUCAACCGUGACCUCUACGAGGUGAUGAGCAAACUGGACAAGCAGCACUCCAGCAAAGUCUUCAUUGUUAAAGGCAUCCCCAGCAACCGGCGCUCUCUGGUCAUCUCCUCACCCGUCAGCCCCCCAGCCAUGUUCCCCUGCCCGGGGAAGGCGCCAGACUGGCCGUCCACGGUGGAGGCAGAGGUGACAGCAGGGUCCCCCAGGGAGGGCAGCAGUGCCACCGACACCAUUGCCAACAGGGAGCUGGAUGCAGAGGCGUCGGUGUGUCCAUCCCGGGGCGGGGGGCUGGAGCUACCCCAGCUCAGCAGGGCUGUGGACGAGCUGAGCGACUCUGAGGAGAGCGUGGAGGUGGUGGACGUGGAGCCAAAGGUGGCCAAAACUCAGGAACAAGGCUGUCCUGGGACGCCGGAGCAGAACACAAAACAGGACAUGAGCCAGGACCCCCCACCAGCAGCAACGUCUCCCCAGGACCCCACCGAGACCCUCACCUCCCUGUGA